GUGUGUAAAUGCUUUUGGAGACAAAAACAAGUCCCAUCUCACAACAAUCUUCACUAAAUGGAAACAACAAGCAGAAUCCAAUUAUAUAAUUCUCUGAUCGAAUACUCACUCUCUCUCUCUCUCUCUUUCUAGCAAGGAAUUAAGGGUUUCACUAUUUUGUUUUUCCAUUCUUGGAACUGGGUUUUGUUUGGUUUCUGGGAAAGAGAGAAAAUUUUAAGAUGGGGAGAGGAAAGGUGCAGAUGAAGAGGAUAGAGAACAAGAUCAACAGGCAAGUCACCUUCUCCAAGAGGAGGGGUGGGUUGCUGAAGAAAGCUCAUGAGAUCUCAGUGUUGUGUGAUGCAGAGGUUGCUUUGAUUGUCUUCUCCACCAAAGGAAAGCUCUUUGAGUACUCCACAGAUUCUUGCAUGGAGAAGAUCCUUGAGCGAUAUGAAAGAUACUCGUAUGCAGAAAGGCAGCAAACAGUUUAUGAUCCUGAAUCACCUGAAAAUUGGUCCCUGGAACAUGUCAAACUUAAGGCCAGGAUCGAGCUUUUGGAAAAAAAUCACAGGCACUAUAUGGGUGAGGAUCUGGACUCUUUAAGUCUUAAGGAGCUCCAAAAUUUGGAGCAACAGAUUGAUACUGCUCUUAAGCGCAUUCGAUCAGGAAAAAACCAGCUCAUGUACGAGUCCAUCUCUCAGCUCCAAAAGAAGGAGAAGGCAAUACAGGAGCAAAAUAACACGCUAGCAAAGAAGAUCAAGGAGAAGGAGAAGGAGAAGUCUACCGAGCUGCAGGUUCAAUGGGAGCAGCCAAGCUAUGGCCCUAAUUCAUCUUCAUUCACAUUACCACAAUCACUUCCCUGCCUAAACAUGAGUGACACUUACCAGGGCAAAGCUCCAGAAAUGAGGAACGAACUCAAUCUGAGUCUUGAACCAAUAUAUUCACUCAACCUUGGAUGCUUCACCACAUAAAUGACUGGAAGAAGACUUCUGGCUGGUUCUAAAAAUUUUGAUUUUUAUGUGAAUAUGGAUGCAUAUAUAUAAUGGUGUAAAGAGAAAUAAGAUAUUCCCAUUGAUUCUUAUUCUCUUUUAACCACCUCUAUUAUGAUUUAACAGAUUACUUCUCCAAGCGAAAGUGAUCUGUAUAAGUGUGUUAUAGGUUUGCUCCCUGUUAAGCUUCAUGUAGAAGGGUAGACUCUACCUGUAAAAUAAUGAACUUUGGAAGUGUGUUGUGUGUUUGUAUUGAUGUAUGUGAAAGUUUGCAACUCUAAAGACUAUAUUCU